CUUUUUUAAACAAGUUACGAAAAUCGAAUGUUUCGAGCGCUUAUUCAACGCAUGGCGUGACUCUGCAUUGGACCAGAUCAAUUUUUCGGAUUUUCCAUAGAGGUCAGCAUAAGUAUUGAUUUGGAAGAUUGCACACUGGUAACCCCGAUUUAGCCCGAAACGUGUAGAUGUUAGAUUUCCGAAGCAGAGUGUUACACUUCUAUGUGAGCUCUUCUAGUCUUUGACCAUCAAAUCGGUGACGGUACAAUGGGCUAUGACGAUGUUAUUCCCCUAAUCGGCGAUUUCGGGGGAUACCAGAAGCGGAUUUAUUUUUUAUUAUGCCUUCCAGCCAUUCUCUGUGCCUUUCAUAAGCUGGGAAAUGUGUUCCUCAUCGCAGAACCUGCUUACAGAUGUAAACUUCCGAGCGAGUUUUCCAACGCCACUUACCAGGACCUGAGUCCCGAGGAAAUGAACAAGUCUUAUCCUUGGGACUCGCUGAAAAAGAACUUUUCAUCAUGCGAAAUGUUCGUCGGGAAUGCGACAAAAAGAUGCGAUGAAUUCGUUUACGACGAAAGUGUCUACGGAUACACCGCAGUUAUCGAAUGGGAACUCACGUGCGAGAAGGCGUACAUGAUAGCCACCGGCAACUCACUUUUCAUGGUCGGAGUCAUGCUAGGUUCCAUAAUUUUCGGCCAAUUAUCCGACAAAUACGGCCGCAAGAAAAUCUUUUUCGCUUCCUUGAUUAUCCAGGUCUUUUUCGGCUUGAUCGCGGCUUUCACCCCCGAAUUUUGGUCAUUCACGCUGUCCCGGGCCAUAGUGGGGGCCACGACUUCGGGGGUUUUCCUCGUAGCUUACGUAAUCGCUUUGGAGAUGGUGAGCCCGAAGAAGCGGCUCUUGGCUGGGACCUGCUGCCAGAUGUUCUUCUCAACUGGCUACAUGCUGACGGCCCUUUUUGCCAUCUACAUCCACGAGUGGAGGGACCUCCAACUGGCUCUGACUCUCCCCGGACUUGUGUUUUUCUGUUACUGGUGGUUGAUUCCGGAGUCCUCCCGCUGGCUAAUCAACCAAAAUCGCGUGGAGGAAGCCAAAGUCCUUAUCAAAAUCGCGGCCAAAAAGAACAAAAUCAAAAUAACCGACGAACAACUGGACAGCUUGCUGGUUUCGGAAGUCAGACCUGAAAACCACAACGCGCAUAAAGCCAACGUGUUGGACAUUUUCAGACAUUCCAAUUUACGAAAACGAUCUCUGAUUAUAUUAUUCGAUUGGUUUGCCAACAACAUCACUUACUACGGCCUUUCCUGGAACACGAAUAACUUGGCCGGGAACCCGUACAUUAACUUCGUGAUUUCGGGGGCUGUUGAGAUACCCGCUUACACAUUUUUGCUGUUCACUCUGAACAGAUGGGGGCGCAAGUUCGUAAUGUGCGGCUGCAUGAUCUUUGCCGGCGUGGCUUUGUUACUGACGAUGGCGAUUCCUGACGAACACGAAUGGUUGGUUGUAACUUGCGCCAUGUUGGGAAAACUGGCGAUAACGGCAAGUUACGGCGCUAUUUAUAUUUUUUCGACCGAGCAAUUCCCCACAGUGAUAAGAAACGCCGGAUUGGGGGCUGGUUCGACCUGCGCUCGAAUUGGGUCAAUUACAUCGCCCUACAUCAACGUUUUGAGCAAAUUCUGGACCCCUCUCCCGUUGAUAAUUUUCGGUUCUUUGGCGCUCAUUGGCGGAGUAAUGUCGUUGGUGUUGCCGGAAACUUUGAACAAAAAAUUACCAGAGACCAUGGAAGAGGGUGAAGCCUUUGGAAAGAAAGUGAAAAAGGAACGAACGAAGGAAGAAGUGCCGCUCAACGGAAACGACCUUGAGAAGCAGGCGAAAGUUGAGACCAACGGCGGCAUACAACCGAACUGAAACAUUACUAGGACAGUAUUAGAAUUAUUUUUUAUAUAAGUACUAUUGUUUCGUUUUAUUAUUAUUUAGAAGGGUGAUUCAGUUUUAUUUACAUCACAAAAUUUUACGAUUGUUUGUAAAAACUAGUCAUUGUGUUCUUUCCUUUGAAAAAUUGACGUUAUGAAAGUGGUGCCAAAGAGCGGUCGUUUCAUUUUUAUUCUCGAACAAUUUUAAGACGCAGUAGAGAUUUGCAUAAAGAAUGGCAUUGAAAUCGAACUGCGAUUAAAAUACUUGUUGCACAAGAUUGUCGGGUUUUUACAACUAAAAAGAGUUGUGAUUUAAGCGCUUCUUAAGAACACGAGUCUGUUAUGUUUUAUGGGAAAUGUUUGUAGAAUCUGUUUGCAUUUAAAUUACGAUAAUUGAAAAAUUACCAUUGUGGUCGUCCAGUUGCUUAUUGGGACGAUAAUAAGAUUAUAAUGGGCAAAUUGUGUCUGAGACUGACUAGGGAAUUUCCUUUACAUGUUUCACUAAUUAGAUGCAGGUUUGAUUUACUGUCAUUAUUUUAAUCGUUUACGUUGUCUCAAUAAUUUAUUCAUUUAUUGCAGUACUUAUAUCACUUCAAAACAAGUUAAUUUACUUAUGUUACUUUUAAUUUGUUCGUUUAUUACGACAAAUGGGCCCAUUUUAAGAAAGUGUACUGUUGCCUCUUACUCUUAAAAUGUUUGAAGCUUUAAAAGCGCUCGAAUUUCGUACUUGUUCCUCCUAUGAUAAAUUUUGUGAAACAGCGGGUUUUAAACCUACUUCUGUAUGUUUUUAAUUGUUUUUACUCUUACUCUCAAUGUUUUAAAAAAUUCGAUUGUUGUUUUUUGUAAUUUUAAAACUACCCAUGUGAAUGCAUUUAUAAAUUUUAUAUAAAAUAUUAAAAAAAUAAAUGUCGCAAAGUGAAUUA